UAAGAAGUUGCGUUUCCCGGCGAGUCUUGGAAACGAAACCAAAAUCUUCCCUCAAAGUUUGCGUCUUUGGUGUGGGUUUUCCUCAGCCGGGGAAGCUCUCUCGGUUGGGUGGUGCUGAAUUACUGGGCGCAGUUGCUGCUCCUUUUGCCGAUCAAUGGUCUUUACGGGUUUGGGAGAAGAAGAGAGCAUGGCUUUAGGACUUGAGAGAUCGAAGCCUCUUCACAAUUUCAUGUUGCCCUGUUUGAAGUGGGGGAGUCAGCGCCACCUCAGGUGCAUGAAAGUGCCCUCCGACUCCUCUGCCGACGCCGGAGAUCGCUUAUCUCCGGCGACUACCGCUAAAAGAGAAUUGGAGCCGCCGCCGAAUAAUGCCGGCGAGUCCACCAAGAGGGCCAGGGUGAUCAAACCGCGAAUCCACGGCGAUGAUGGGAUCGACGCCGUCAGGGAGAAGCUGAUGCUUGAUCUGAAAACGGAGGCUGAUAGGAUGAAGGACGAGAUUCUGGGGAAGGAGGCCGCGGAGGAGAACGAUGGGGAGGCUGUGCCGUUGCCGCCGGUGACGAUGGAGGAAGAUGCGCCGGCGCCGGCUGCCGGAGCGAGGACGUGGAAUCUGAGGACUCGGCGAGCUCCGGUGGUGGGAGAUGGCGGGAAGGGGUUGAGGUUUGAGGAGAAGAGGGCGAGCUCGUCGUCGCCGUUACGUACUCAUAACGGCGCCGUCAAAUUGAGAGGCUCUCCCGAGAAGGAGGAGAAGGUGAAGUUUUGUAUGGCGCUUUCGAAGAAGGAAAUUGAGGAAGAUUUCAUGAAGCUGGUGGGUCACCGGCCUCCCAGGAGGCCCAAGAAGAGACCCAGAAUCGUUCAGAAGCAAUUGGAUACUCUUUUCCCUGGCAUGUGGUUAUCGGAGGUUACUGCUGAUUCGUACAAGGUUCCUGAAGUUCCUGAGAAUAGCAAGAGGUAGCAUUGAGAUUGGCGAAGGCAUUUUGUUCGCUGGCUUUGAUUCGGCCGUAGGAUAUGGGAUUUGAUGAUUCAUGGACGUUUUGGUGUUUCCCAGUGAUACAUGCCUUUGUUGCUUUCAGUGCUGUUUUUGAAUUUGAUGAAAACACAGUUCAUUAUUUUGUUUUAUAGAAUAAUUCUCUGAAGAGAGAUGAUAGUUCCGUAUCAUACAUGAUUCAAGUGGAUACCGCACUUAUCUGAUUUUCUAGUUUGCCUUUGAAGCUAUGUAGUUUCAUGAACAAAGCUAUAUAAUUUGGCAAUUUUAAACUUUGAUUUCACAUUAAUAGAAUGUGUCACUUUUUCAGAGUUGACAGUCUAAUCUCUUCUUUUUGUUUAGUCUUGUUAUGUGAAUUUGACUCUCUGUUUAUGAGAGAUUGUGCUUGCAACAUAGCAUUGCUCCUUAUUACCUUUGUCCCCCAAAUUCCGAUACUUUAAAAGACUCCAUAUGCUUCGGAAGUGAUGCUGGAUUGGCACAAAAUCAUGGAAUAGAAUCACAGUUUACGUGGUCAUAUACUUUCCUUUGC